CUAAAGCCGGGAGGACUCAGUCACACUGUCACUGACAGGAAAAAGAGAACACAGGGAUAAACAGACUGAGUGAGUACACUCCUUCUCCUCCUUCUCCACCUCCAUCUCUCUCUCUCUUUCUGCAUCUGACCCCUAACCCUAUGGACUUGGGUCCUGCUUAGCUAGCUGGAUUCAGAGUGUGGGAUUUUCUCCAAGAUGCAGGCACAGUUGGCGUGUGUACUUCUCCUCUGUUUGACGUGUGGCGUAUUAUGUUCAGAUGUUGACCAGGAACAGCGGGCGAUAGAGGAGGAGCUAUUGAGCAGUCUCUUUACUUCAAAGAGCAAGCAGAACGCCCCCUACUGGCGUUUGUCCCUGGUGAACGUGUGCAGGAUGGUGAACAGCCUGAUAAACAGCCGGUUGUGGAGAGAACAGGAGGAGUACAACACUGGGGAGGAGCUGGGGGAGAGGCUGGCCUCCCUGCCUGAGCCCCUGGACGAGCUCCUCGACCUACAGCACAUCUGCAGAAUACUGCAGCCCCGAGAGCUGCUUGGCAACUCUCAAGAGUACUUAGACACCGAUCAAAACAGUGACAACCCGCUCAAAAGGAAAUCACCGUAUAUUUUUAAGAGGCAAGUGAAAAACACCAAAGCUCGGAGGCCGUACAUCUUGAAGCGGAGGUCAUUUUACUGACCCACCCCUGGGAGGAGAAAGAAAGACACUAUACAUUCUGUGGAUAUGUGACCAUACGUGCUCUCUGUUGUAGUGUUAUAACUGAUGUUUCCGCCGUGUUUUGUCUAUACAGAUGAUAUCUCAAACCUGUGUCCAUCGCUAUAGGUCUCUACUCACAUUCUAGGCCCAAUCCUGCUCCAAAUUUAAAUAAAAGCAAACAAAAGCAGUAAGCAAACGUGUGUCUUUUG